ACAUAGACAUUGAAACCGACAACCAACCUCUUAGCAACAAUGGCAGCCAAGAUAUUUGCCUUCCUUGCGCUCCUUGCUCUUUCAGUGAGCGCUGCUACCGCGGUCAUUGUCCCACAGUGCUCAGUAGCUGCCGCCGCAGCCACAAUUCCCCAGUACCUCUCACCUUACACAGCUCUUGGGUAUGAACACCCAAUUGUGCAAUCCUACAGGCUACAACAGGCACUUGCAGCAAGCAUCCUACCAUCAUCGGCCAUGUUCCUACCACAACAGUCAGCCUUAUUGCAGCAGCAAUCCCUGUCUCAUCUGACAGUACAGAGCAUCACGGCACAACAACAACGCAUUCUAUCACCAUUGAACAACCUAGCCUUGGCGAACCCCGCCGCAUACUUGCAACAACAGACGCUACUCCCGUUCAACCAGCUGGCCCUGGCGAACCCCGCUGCCUACUUGCAGCAACAACAGCUGCUUCCGUUCAACCAACUGGCUGCUGUGAACCCAGCCGCCAUCUUGCAGCAGCAACUGUCACCAUUGAACCCACUUGCAUUGGCAAACCCCGCCGCCUUCUGGCAGCAGCAACAGCUAGUCAACCAACUAGCUUUGACGAGUCCCGCCGCCUUCUUGCACCAACCCAUCACAUUGAAACCGACAACCAACCUCUUAGCAACAAUGGCAGCCAAGAUAUUUGCCUUCCUUGCGCUCCUUGCUCUUUCAGUGAGCGCUGCUACCGCGGUCCUUGUCCCACAGUGCUCAGUAGCCGCCGCCGCAGCCACAAUUCCCCAGUACCUCUCACCUUACACAGCUCUUGGGUAUGAACACCCAAUUGUGCAAUCCUACAGGCUACAGCAGGCACUUGCAGCAAGCAUCCUACCAUCAUCGGCCAUGUUCCUACCACAACAGUCGGCCUUAUUGCAGCAGCAAUCCCUGUCUCAUCUGACAGUACAGAGCAUCACGGCACAGCAACAACGCAUUCUAUCACCGUUGAACCAACUAGCCUUGGCGAACCCCGCCGCAUACUUGCAACAACAGACGCUACUCCCGUUCAACCAGCUGGCCCUGGCGAACCCCGCUGCCUUCUUGCAGCAACAACAGCUGCUUCCGUUCAACCAACUGGCUGCUGUGAACCCAGCCGCCAUCUUGCAGCAGCAACUGUCACCAUUGAACCCACUUGCAUUGGCAAACCCCGCCGCCUUCUGGCAGCAGCAACAGCUAGUCAACCAACUAGCUUUGACGAGUCCCGCCGCCUUCUUGCAGCAACCCAUCGUUGGUUCUGCCCUCUUCUAGAUUACUUAUGAGUUGUACUUGAAUAAUUAUGUUUGCAUGAGGACAUGGGUGACUCCCCGGAAAUAAGAAAAGUAUUGGUUGAGAUUAUGAAGUCC